AUGGGACCGAAUGGUAACGUACUGAGCUACGAAUCGCCGUCGUCGCCGGCGGCUAAGUCUCCUCCCAAUCGUUCAUCUCUCUUGCAACUAAUUAGCAAAAGACGAACAAGUAUUCUUUUAGCUUUCUUGGUCUGUGCAAUCCUCUUAUCAUCAUGGAAUCUCCUUAAUUUCUUAUUGUCAUGGUACGGAUCCGUUAUAACAACUUCGCCGUCGUCUCCAGUUUGGUGGCCGGCGAUCUAUGCUUCGGUGACGAUGGGUUUGAUCUUUGGUGUUUUGGCAAUGGCGGCCGCUUUGGUUGUGGCGGUGCCGGCUACGGUGGUGAUUUGGAUAUCUGUUUUGGUUUUAAUGACUUUUUGUGGGAAGAGGAGGGAGUGGGUGGUGGAGGAGGGGAGGAAAUUGACGGUGGAGAUGAGCCGGACGGUGGGUAUGGUGGUGAUUAAAGAAGGGAACUUGGUGGCUGCUGUGUGUGCUGUUUUUGGGUACUUUGUACUUGUUAGAUAUGGAGGAGUCGAACAUGGUUUGUAA